UCCUUAACACUAAGGUGGAGAAGAAUUGCGAGAAGAAGGUGGGAGAAGAAGAGGAGACAAGAGAAGGUCUUCUGCUCCAAUUAUAGAACACCCCAUGAUCUCUAUCAUGGAACAAGCUUCUCUGGGUUCCCGGAGAAGAGAUGAACCAGAUUUCGGUUUAAGAGAAUGGUCUCUCAGGGCUCGUAUCAGUAGAGAGAACACCAAUUCAAGAAGGUUUUCUGCUUCGAAUAUCAGAAGCUUUAGAGAGGAAGCGAGAUCCUUCAGAUCAAACGCAACCAUCUCCAGCACUGCUUCUUCUCCUGGUUACACUUUAAGAGAUGAGAUUGACCCAUCUACUUACUCAUUCACCACUGCUCUCAAAGCUUUGCAGGUGAGAUCUAGUUACAGCUGGGAAUGCUUAUCACCAGAUGGGUUUGCUUUGAACUCCAAAUGGUAUGAAGCAGAGAAGUAUAUCUCCAAUCCUCUUUCAGGAGAGGUCCCAAUGGAGUGUUUGUCUGCAAAAACAUUAAGUGGCAUAUCCAUUCCUCCUUCAACAGCAAGCAGAGCUUCAAUGUCUGGACCUCUCGUUUGCUACUCCCAUGCACGGCACAUUCAGAAAAAGCCAACCAUAGUAGAAGACGACCAAAAUGAAUCUGCAAUUCAAGAGAAGAAAGUGCAGUAUUCAACUAGAGAUGUUGGCACUCAAAGUACACCACCCGAUCUCAGCUCAAGUAGUCCAAGCCCUACUUCAACUCCUUCAAUCAAAGAGAGAUCAUUAAGGCGCUGUGAAGUUGAAAGUGGGGAGUCACCCAACAACUGUGGAACAAAAGUGAAGCCCGAGGAAGAGAUUGGAGCUGAGGAAAAGGUGGAGAAACAAGGGGGAACAAGAGAGGAUGAAGAAGAGAUAAGAACAGAGAAGAAAAUGUGCAAAUGCAGGCAAGGAGGAUGCUUAUCAUGGACGAGUCUGUGGAUGGGAAACAGGCAGAGAGGGAAGCACAAGCUGAGAUGGCAGGUUUCGUUUGGAAAGAGGAAUAUAUGUAAAAAGUAAGGGAGGGGCUUAAAGAUAAAAAUAAAAAGGAGUUGGGGAAAGAAGAAAAGAUGGGAGAGAUUCCCCUUUCUUUUUGGCAGAGAGAAAUUAGAAGCAAUCAUAGAAGAGCAGUUGAUGGUGUUUCUCUUUGUUUAAGUGUUGUUGUGCUUUGUUCUUGCUUUGAUGCAAAGGCUGACACCUAGGGUUCACGUGCAAACAAAACUCUCUCUCUCUCUCUCUCUUACAGUUGUGGCUCUGAAUAAAUGUGCUCCAAAACUAGGGCUGUUUCACUAGUCAAGUACCCUAACACCAGUUUCCUAGUAAAAGGAAAAAACAAGAAUAGAAAAAUGCAUUCAUACACACAUGUUGAUGGAUGGAAUGUAAUGGAUAAUUUUGCCAAUCUGUUAUAAAUUGAGGGGAGUCAUCAA